GGAGCUACCCACUUCGAUCAAUUAGCCAAGAUUUUGACCGGAUACGAAAUCACUGGUGCUCGAUCUAGUGGUAUUUUUAUGGGGAUUCUUUUUAUCGCUGUAGGAUUCCUAUUCAAGAUUACUGCAGUUCCUUUUCAUAUGUGGGCACCUGAUAUCUAUGAGGGUUCACCCACCCCGGUGACAGCAUUCCUUUCUAUUGCGCCUAAAAUCUCUAUUUCUGCAAAUAUGUCACGUGUUUCUAUUGUUGCUUCCUAUGGGGGUACAUUACAACAAAUCUUCUUUUUCUGCAGCAUUGCUUCUAUGAUCUUAGGAGCACUGGCCGCCAUGGCCCAAACGAAAGUCAAAAGACCUCUAGCUCAUAGUUCGAUUGGACAUGUAGGUUAUAUUCGUACUGGUUUCUCAUGUGGAACCAUAGAAGGAAUUCAAUCACUACUAAUUGGUAUAUUUAUUUAUGCAUCAAUGACGAUAGAUGCAUUCGCCAUAGUUCCAGCAUUACGGCAAACCCGUGUCAAAUAUAUAGCGGAUUUGGGCGCUCUAGCCAAAACGAAUCCUAUUUCGGCUAUGACCUUCUCCAUUACAAUGUUCUCAUACGCAGGAAUACCCCCGUUAGCCGGCUUUUGUAGCAAAUUCUAUUUGUUCUUCGCCGCUUUGGGUUGUGGGGCUUACUUCCUAGCCCCAGUGGGAGUAGUGACUAGCGUUAUAGGUCGUUUUUAUUAUAUACGCUUAGAGAAAAGAAUGUUUUUUGAUAGACCUAGGACAUGGAUUCUAUAUGAACCAAUGGAUCGUGACAAGUCGUUACUACUAGCAAUGACUUCCUCUUUCAUUACUUCAUCCUUUCCAUAUCCCUCUCCCUUGUUCGAUCUUACUCAUCAAAUGGCACUCAGUUCAUAUCUGUAAGUUCGUUCGAUCAUUGACAAGGUUCAAAGAAAGGGUGGGCCAUUCACCAUGAAGGCUAAAAGCGAGAUAGGCUUUACUGGACAUUUUCGCUUACAAAGGCGAAGACAAUUCCGCGUUUUUUCAGCCGAUUCUCCGAAAUUUAAGACAAUUAUCCUCACUCAAACUUCAAAAAGUCCUUUUUUUUCUGAUGUAAAUUCUGUCUGUCUCCUUUGUCCUUCCUAACGCUAGUCUAGUCUCCGAUUAAAGGAUUGAUACGGGCGUGCUUCCUUGCAGAGGGUUGUUUUAGACACCUACCCACCAGAAACUUCGCUUUGCCACCCAGGUAUAACCAAAGCCUUCCACAAAGGAAUAUUUACUACUGGGUCCAUCACG